GUUACGCUACGUUUGGUCUUUCUGAGCCACCGUACCUCAGCAGCGGUCUGUGUGUUUCUGUGCUGCGGAAAUGAAAAUAUUCCCCUGGAAUUCAUCACCAACAACCAGGAUAUUUAACUAAGAGCAAUGUUAAACUGCUGAAAGAGGUGAAGCAGAAGCCGUCCUGAAGAAUCUCCAGAACACACAGAAAUUGUUGCAUUUAACAGACAAAUGAAGCCAAGUCCCGACAUGGAGAAACAUCAGCACUUUGUCAAGAGUUUUACUAAACAGAGUAAUCUCAAAAAUCACCAGCGCAUUCACACAGGAGAGAAACCGUAUUACUGCUCAGACUGUGAGAAGAGUUUUACUAAACAGAGUCAUCUCAAAAUACACCAGCGCAUUCACACAGGAGAGAAACCGUAUUACUGCUCAGACUGUGGGAAGAGAUUUACUACAAAGAGUCAUCUCAAAGUCCACCAGCGCAUUCACACAGGACAGAAACCGUAUCACUGCUCAGACUGUGGGAAGAGAUUUACUCAACAGAGUGAUCUCAAAAUACACCAGCGCAUUCACACAGGAGAGAAACCGUAUUACUGCUCAGACUGUGGGAACAGUUUUAAUCAACUGGGGACUCUCAAACUGCAUCAGCGCAUUCACACAGGAGAGAAACCGUAUUACUGCUCAGACUGUGGGAAGUGUUUUACUCAACAGAGUAGUCUCAAAAAACACCAGCGCAUUCACACAGGAGAGAAACCGUAUCACUGUUUAUACUGUGGGAAGAGUUUUAAUCAACAGAGUCAUUUCAAAAUACACCAGCGCAUUCACACAGGAGAGAAACCGUAUCACUGCUCAGACUGUGGGAAGAGUUUUACUGAACAGGGUACUCUCAAAAAUCACCAGCGCAUUCACACAGGAGUGAAACCAUAUUACUGCUCAGAAUGUGGGAACAGUUUUACUCAACAGAGUCAUCUCAAUAAACACCAGCGCAUUCACACAGGAGAGAAAACUAUCCCAAAUUUGUCUCACGGCAAUUAAAAUCUUUUGGACAGAACACCUUAAUCCUACAUGUUCCACCAGAAACAAACAUUAACUGAUUUUUACAAUGGAUUUUUCAGGUUCAGCAAAAUGAAUCUUAUCCAGCAAUCAUGUUUAUUGAAUUCCAUGUUGUGUUUUCUCGUAUGUUUGAUAUUUCAGGACAUUCUUUGUGAGACAGAGCUCAGUUUUUAGGGUAGUUACUUUAAGAGUUCAGUUCUGGAGAAGGGAAGGUCAUUCGAAUGAGGGCACUGUCAAGGAUUCAAGGAGAUUUUAUUGUCAUUCGCAUCACAUGUGGUACAUGAGAUGGAACGAAAUUGUGAUCUCACGAUCCAGUUUAUACCCAAGAGCUGUUAUUAAAAUAGAUAUAUAGAUAAAUAAAGGAAUACAAUAAAAAUAGAAUAUACAUAAUAGAUAAGAUAAAUUCCCCCAAAAAAGAAAAAUAAAUAGAAGAGAAGACAUGUUGCAGCAACAUGAAGUCCAGAGUGCAAGUGUGCUAUAGCAGCAUGAUAAUGAAAUUAGAGCAGUAAAAGAUAAAGUGUCUCAGUGCGGCUAAAGUGACAGUGUUUGUAAACAGUAAUUGUCCUUGUGUGUCAGUGCAGUGUGUUGUUAGGUGGAGUUUGAGAGUCUUACAGCUUCCGGAAUGAAGCUGUUUCUCAGUCUUGUUGUUUUGCACUUGAUGCUCCGCAGCCUCCGGCCUGAGGGGAGUGGGACAAAAAGUGUGUGUGCUCAGGCAGGGAUGGGUCUUUGGAGCUUUGUGCAACGUUAGAUUUGUAGUCCGUGAUGCACUUGAUGCCCCUCCACAUGCUCUGUGGAUCCUGGGAGGAAAAGUGUCCCUGGAUUUUCUGAGCAUAUGCAGCUUUUGCCCUCUUAACUCCAACAGUCAGCUCUCUUCUGCGUUCAGCCAGGGCACAUCCUCCACACACUUGCUGAUGUACCCAAGAAUAGCAGAUGUGUAUUCCUCCAGAUCCAGCUCCCCCUCACACUCAGCAGCCUCCCUGAAGACCUGGCAAUCUGUGCAGCCGAAGCAGUCCUGCAGCACAGCGUCGCCGUCAUUGGGCCACACAGUGAUGGUCUUCUGUGUGGGUUUGCAGCGUUGCAGCGGGGGGUGGUAUGCAGGGACCAGCAUGAAGGAGAUGUGGUCGGAAAGCCCGAGGUGGGGGCAGGGGAAGGCUCUGUUGGUGUAAACACAGUCUAGCGUGUUAUUACCUCGCGUUGGCAUGUUCACGUGUUGUUCAGCGUGUUCUUCAGUUCUACGUGGUUAAAAUCGCCCGCUACCACGUAGAACACAUCCGGAUGCUUGUUCCGAAGCGAGCUAGUGUUGUCAUAAAGCUCCUUCAGCGCGUUGUUAGCAUUAGCAUCCGGUGCUAUUUAAACAGCAUUCACGAACACCACCGAAAACUCACGAGGCAGAUAGUGUGGGCGACACUCAGCUGUUCUGUGGCCUCGGAGCAGUGGCUGUUUACCAACACGCAGUUUGUGCACCAACCUUUGUUUAUGUAGACGCACAAGCCACCCCCCCCCCCC